CCAAGCUUUCUUCAAAUGCACUUGUGUUCAGAAUUUGCCACAGUUCAGUGUAUAUAUGGCCUAACAGUGACAUAAACACCAUUCCAGGAGAACUGAGUGAUAGUUCUGCUUGUAAGAACGUAAUGCGCUUUAUUCACAUCAAAUAGUAAAUAUAGAUCUUAUGCUGGAAAUGUCAACCUCUCUGGGAGCUGUAACCCCCAUCAUUGAAAGAGAAAGCGGAGGACACCACUACGUUAGUAUGACUUUACCCGUUGAUGUAGUUCUGUCUGUUGCUCCAGAGGAAACAUGGGGAAAAGUUCGUAAGCUUCUGGUUGAUGCAAUUCAUAAUCAACUAACUGAUAUGGAGAAGUGCAUUUUGAAAUAUAUGAAAGGAACAUCUAUUGUGGUCCCCGAACCAUUGCACUUUUUAUUGCCAGGGGAAAAAAAUCUUGUGACAAUUUCAUAUCCAUCAGGAAUUCCAGAUGGUCAGCUGCAGGCCUAUAGAAAGGAAUUACAUGACCUCUUCAAUCUGCCUCAUGACAGACCAUAUUUCAGAAGGUCUAAUGCUUACCACUUUCCAGAUGAACCGUACAAAGAUGGUUACAUUAGAAAUCCACAUACUUACCUCAAUCCACCUAACAUAGAGACUGGUACGAUUUAUGUGGUCCAGGGCAUCUAUGGUUAUCAUCACUACAUGCAGGAUCGCAUGGAUGACAACGGCUGGGGCUGUGCUUACCGAUCUCUGCAGACAAUCUGCUCUUGGUUCAAACACCAAGGCUACACAGAGAGAUCCAUUCCAACACACAGAGAAAUUCAGCAGGCCCUAGUUGAUGCCGGGGACAAACCAGCGACGUUCGUUGGAUCACGGCAGUGGAUCGGAUCUAUCGAGGUGCAGCUGGUACUGAACCAGCUGAUCGGCAUAACUUCAAAAAUACUGUUUGUCAGCCAAGGUUGUGAAAUGGCCUCUCAGGGACGGGAGCUGAGUAAUCACUUCCAGACUGAAGGAACUCCAGUCAUGAUCGGGGGAGGAGUUUUGGCCCACACAAUACUAGGAGUGGCAUGGAAUGAGAUUACAGGGCAGAUAAAAUUUCUGAUUUUAGAUCCACAUUAUACAGGCGCUGAAGAUCUACAAGUUAUUUUGGAAAAGGGCUGGUGUGGAUGGAAGGGCCCAGACUUUUGGAACAAAGAUGCUUACUAUAAUUUAUGUCUUCCUCAGCGACCAAAUAUAUUUUAAAAUAUCUUGGACUCAAAGACUGUAGUAAAGUUGUAUUAUAAAUUUGUUAUUAAAAACUAAGUUUAACUUCAAA